AUGUCUCAAAUUAUUGCAAAGAAUGGAGAUAAAUUUCAAGACGAUAAAAUCCUGACUCCAUUCAUGUACAUUCAACAAGUACCGGGCAAGCAGAUUCGUACGAAGCUUGCAUCUGCCUUCAACUACUGGCUCAAGAUUUCCGAAGAGAAGCUGCGUGCGGUGGGAGAGAUUGUGCAAAUGCUGCAUAACUCUAGCUUGCUGAUCGACGACAUUCAAGACAACAGCAUCCUAAGGCGCGGGAUACCGGUCGCACAUUCCAUCUACGGCGUGGCCAGCACGAUCAACGCCGCCAACUAUGCCAUGAUCAUCGCCCUGCAGAAGACCCUCGAGUUAGGACAUCCGCUGGGUACAACAGUGUACACCGAGCAGUUGUUGGAGCUGCACAGAGGACAGGGCAUGGAGCUGUAUUGGAGGGAUAACUUCCAAUGUCCCUCCGAGGAGGAGUACAAGCAGAUGACUAUCAAAAAGACUGGUGGGUUGUUCAUGCUAGCGAUACGUCUGAUGCAGCUAUUCAGCGAGAACAAGUCGGACUUCACCAAGCUCUCAGCCAUCCUCGGUCUGUACUUCCAGAUCAGGGACGACUACUGCAACUUGUCUAUGCAAGAGUACACAGAAAACAAAAGCUACUGUGAAGAUCUGACCGAAGGCAAGUUCAGCUUCCCGAUCAUCCACGCCAUCAGAAACCAGGAGGGUGACAACCAAGUGCUUCACAUAUUAAGGCAGCGCACACGCGAUGUUGAAGUGAAGAGAUAUUGCAUCACGUUGUUAGAGAAGCUCGGCAGCUUCCGAUACACGAGAGGGAUACUGCACGCUCUCGACUUGGAGGCUAGGAGUGAGGUGAACAGACUCGGCGGCAAUCCUCAGCUGGAAGCGCUGUUGGACGACUUACUCACCUGGAGGCGGGAAGGUGAUGACAUUCCAGAUAUUACAACCAACUGCAUAUAAGUUGUAGACAUUUGACACAUUGGGAUCAAUUUUGAAGUAAUUUCAGGCAGAAAAUAAUUUGACAACUGUGGAUUCUUGAAAAAUGGUUUAGUUCGGAAGAAAAAUUACUAAGUCGUAGCAAUGAACUAAAAACGUGGUAUCAUUAGCACUUCAAUUGUAAUACAUAUUAAAUUGGUCCCAAUAUACAUAUUAUUAAGGUUAAUUUUGCCUUAUUGGUUCAAAACCUAGAAUCGUGCCCUAAUAGAAAAUGGUAUUAUGAUGUUUUAGAUAAAACUUAUAGGUCCAAAAAUACCAGUGAAUUUGAAUUAACGUUUGCAGGAAACAAUUUGUGGAAUUUAUAGUUUAUGUUUUUUUGUAGUAUAUUUUCUCUCUUUUGCGGACAUGGCAGUACCCUGGAAUAUUUAAGAUAUGAGAAUAGUGGAGACCAAAUGUCGACCAGUUCAAAUGCAACUAUUCUGACUGCUUUGUUUUGACAAUGCGAGCUUCCGAUAUUGUCGUCCGACGACUUGUAAAUUACGUUCCGUAGUAAAUCGGUGACCGACUAAACACGGUCGCUUGCGUACACCGUAGUCGGUAAUUUGAAUACAGGCGGAGUUUGAAUUUAUAACUCAAACCAGUGCAAUAUGUAAUAAAUAAUGUUGGUUUUUGCUGUUAUGUGUAUUUGGAAUUUUUCGUUUGCAAUAUACGCUAUUUUAAUUGAUCCCCGUAAAGUUGUUGAUUUCAGAUGUUUCUUUACGUCUCUGGGCGCCUAGUACUGGUUUCCUGCAUAUUCGAUGUCAAUUGCGACUGUGACAAAAAAUCAGCGACAUCUAUUUUCCAAAAACCUAAACCAGUCCCUGAAAAUAGUAGCUGGCAACACCGCUCGUGACUAACUUCGGGACGGUCAAAUUAAAUGGCGCAUACUGUAAUGUAUAUUCUUCUAUCAGUUAUGAUCGUUACCGUUGGUGUAUAGGGUGUUAUGUGUUCUUAAUUUUCUAGGAACUUGGAACUCAUUCGAGACAAGUAAUUUUUUUAAUUACACGUAAUAUAUUUUUUUUGGUAAGGUACCAAUUAAAGGGAAAAGGUACCGAUACCUAGUUUUUCUAGGCACUACGGAUGUAAUUCACUCGAUUUCAGCAAUAUUUAUACUUUUUUUUGCCAGCAAUAACGUGAAUUGUGAAAAAUAUUUGACUUUACCGCGUUAUUUCCUGUCAACUUUGCGGUACUUCUGAUACUCUUAACAGAGUGUCCCAAAAUCUUACUUGAAUCAAUGUAGAGGACGUUGCUAUUUGAAAAUGAGCCUUAAUGCACAAGUCAAAGAGCUAAGAAAUGUGACGGUGCAUUAUUACGGGGGCUGAGAGCGUCCUUUUUGUGUUUGGCAACACUGGGGCCUUAUUCUCUAUGCCGCACCUUAUUUUGACAGUGUGUAACAAGCACGGAACACAACGCAUCAUGUUUAGGACUAUAGAAAUUUGGCUUACAGAAUACCGUUCCACGCACAUUUCUCGAAGAUAACAUGACACGGCCGCGUUACGCGUUUACACUAUCAUACAGAAUAAGGGCCCUGGUCUCGAAUGAGUUCGUAUAUAAGUACGGUAUAGCAGGUAGUUGUAGCGACCUAGUCUCGUUCCGGGGAUAUUACUUAGGCAUAAUUAUGUUAUUUAUUAGACCAUUUUUAUUAUAUCGUAGUUGUACAUCGGAUGCUUAAUUAACUUGUACUUACUUUACGCAAAUAAGUACAUUUUACGGCCAUUUAUAUCGUUAAAUAACAUAUUGAUAACACAGUAGUGGAAAACGUCACCAUUUUUGUGUGACUAUGUAUAUUUUACGAACUAUUACGAACGCAUAUUAUAAUAAAAGUCUAAAGUUUUGACAAAUUAGAUUAUUUUUUUUUCUAUUGUCGUGUUUCAGUUUAUUUCGGUUCAAAUGUAUCAAUGUAUGAUAAUACUAUAGACUACUUAAGAAAAAUAUAAACAGUAAUAUGUUACCAUACAAAUCAUUGCGAAAAUACUUUGGUACGAGCUCUCGUACUAUUUUUUCCUUGUUGAUGUAGAGACCAAUUAAUUCAUUACGAAAUAGCAAAUUUGUAGAAUAUGUAUAGAUCAGUUUGUUUUUAUAUUAAUCAAUAUAUAAGUGUGUUUUUACUAAUACUUUCAAUAAUGUAAGAAUCUCUCAUCGGCUAUUUUGCGUUGUUACAAUUUUAACUUUGAUUCUUUGAAUGCUUGGAAUAUACACUUGUAGUUUCUACAUAUCGCUUUAUUGCAUCUUUAUAUUAAAUUGGUUGUAGUUGAAAAAAAGACAGAAGUUAUGGCAACACAAAUAAGCGCUCAAUAGUGUUGCAUUCCUAGAAAAAAAAACUUCACAACAAAUAAUUAAAAGACUAUUAAAGACGUAUCAUAAAAUGUUGUUCUCUUUAGAGGCGCAAGAAUCUAAACGGAAAUUAUUCUAAAUAUGUUUGUUUAAAUUAUAUUAUAUAUUGUCUUCGAUCGAUUUAGAAAUCUUUCGGGGAGCCCGUGUUCAGCAGUGGACAUCCUGCGGCUCAUGAUCAUGAUGAUGAUGAUUGUCUUCGAGGAAAAAGCACAUUUUUUUCUGAAUCAUAUGAAGACAAUAUAAAAUAAAAUAAACGAUAUGGUUAUAUGAUAAAAAUGCGCCACAAAAGUGUAUUUACUAAAGAACAAUUUAACUGCCACUAUUAUCAAUUAAUUUUUAAACAAUUUAGAAUAAUUUCUAAGUAUAAUGUUGACCAAAAAUUGUACCAGUCAUACGUAAUUUAAGGAUUUUUCUAUCUGAUUAUGAACGUAUUGCUUGACACGUUAGUCGCUUAGAGGUGCUUGUAGUUUUAACAAAUUGUAGAAUACUUUAACGUUUGAUUUGCGAUAUUAAUAUGAACUAUUAUGAAAAUUAUUGCAGCUUUUUAACGUUGCAUUAGUUAAUGUUUUUGCUGAAUUUAUUACAUCGCCGUUCGAAGAUUUUCUAUGAUUUUGACGAUAUAUAGGGUGUUUCACUAUAAACUGUACAAUAUUUUACGAGAAAACUGGCAAUACUGUUAUAGAAAAAAAUAAUACAUAAUGUUUGGGUAACAUAAAAUCCACGUUCCCAAAUUUCCCCAUCGAUACACAAUUUUACGCUCUAUAAAAUUCUCUGAAACUAGACAAAAAGAUUAAAUAAAUUAUUGACAAAAUAUUUUUUUUAUCGGAUUCAAUUUUUUCUAUCCCGAAGCACUCUUUAAAGCUUAGUAAUAAAAUCGAUCUCGGCAAUAAUGUUAUAAAAAAUUAUACAUUUAUAUUUUUUUAUUUGCAAUGACUUUUGGUAAUAUCUUGAUUUUGCAAUACAUAGCGACUAAGGAAUUUGAAUGUACUUAGCACGUAGUAAAAUAAUAGUGCCAUUGUAAAUGCAAUUUUGAAGGUGUGACCUAGCUCCUAGACUACGUUUUAUUUGUGACUGUUAAAGACACUAUUUAAUGCUUUUUCCUUCAAUUGUACACUGCUUGCCGUUUAAAAAUAUCUUGAAGGAAUGGAAUUGGAAAUAAGUAGAAAUUAUUGCGUAUAAAAUUGCCUUACAAUUUGGUUGUAAUAUAAUAAGUUAUAAAAUAAGGUCAGAAGAACGGGAAGAAAGUACAAGAUGUUUGUAUGGUCACACCUAGCUUCACUAAAAUAUAUCUGGUUCACGAAUAUGUAAUGCAAUAUUAUCAAUAUAGCAUUAAUUUCAGCAAUUUAUGGUUUAUCUUAGAGUUCGAUAUCUUGCACAUUAUUAUCCCAGCGCCACACAUAGCAAAAAUAUUUGAACUCAUUGUUUGUUUGAACUCAUGUGUGGCACGAGUAUUUGCGUAUUUGUGCAAAGAUCGUUUAAAUGUUUGCGUAUUUGCCAUUCGGUAUCGGUUUUUCGACCACACGUCAAAGCGUUCAAAGUUAUCGAGUUGCUAGAAAGAGAACCGAUUAUAUACAAACCUAAAAGUAAAAGACUUAAAAAUUUUAAUUUGGUCAGUAUCUGUAACUGUGUUCAAAUGUGUGUUAAAGUCUUUGUUCAAAUAUUUGUCUGUGUGUGGCGCCGGCAUUAGACAUUGCACAUUCCAUAAUGGGUGAUUUUUGCUCUUUAAUAUGUAUAGUAGGUUAGAAUGUAGGCCUAAUCGUACUUAGCAGGCUCACAAUGCUAUGAUGCUAGCCAAUGUCGACAAUAAUAUGAAAUAAGAUUAUGAAAUGCUUAUCGGUUUUAUUAUCAAAAUAUAGUACAUAUUGUAAUUAAAAUAUAAUUAUAUAAACCACAUUGCGUGUUAAGUGUGUAAUAAGUGGAUGCUAUGCGCCAUAUUUGAAGUGUGUUUUUCGUUUCUUGACCAGGAGGGACCUUGAAUUUUUUUCUGCGUAAGUGAAAGCAGGGGAAACAGGGAUCUAUGCAUAGAAUGCGAAUUUCGGAUAAUUCGACCAGCAAACUAUCAUAUUGAUAUAGCACUUGUUAUUUACGUUGGUAACGUUGAGGAAAUAGAUACGUUCAAACAAAUAAUUUGCUGGUAGAAGGAUAUAUUUUAUAUCCGCUCGGAUAGCGACCACCGUACACAAGGUGUUAAAACCCGCCAUAGUGGCUCACGUAAGUGUGUCGCGUUCCAGGGUCAGCCUGUGUAUCCGAUACCAACAGGCCGGCACAAUUGUGUCGACUGCCGAGGGGUAAUCAUCUCUCGUCAGUCGACAUUCUAUUGGACCCCACUCCACUUACCAUCAGGUGCGAUGGGUUCAUUUUGCCUUGCCCGUAUAAAAAAUGAUGUUGGAAUUUUGUUUUCAGCUCUCAUAGAGUGAUAGUUAAGCGACUUUCAUCCACUUACUAAACGCUUGAUUCUCUUCGCUUUCGUUCAUUGUUAUCUAUAACAGAAUCGUGAUGGACUUUAUGUGAUUGUUUUUGGCCACCAAAAAUGUUAUUGAAUUUCAAUAUAAAUCUUGCAAAUAUUAGUUAAUUCGUGGUGAUAAAGUGGUGAUAAAGCGACAAAAGUCCAUCGCAAUGAGUAUUAUUUGAAAAUGAAGUUUUCAAUGUUGUUUCAUUUAAAAAUAAAUCCUCGCAUGUU